AUGGCAAACACACAACCCCAACCGGCCACGACACGGCCUGAACCCUCAGCGCUCAGCGCUCUCACUUCAAGCGCAACAACAAAAACCCCCGAAACCGCAACCUCAACGCAAGUCCUCCACAAUCUCCAACACCAACACCUCUGGACCUCGCUCUUGACACACACAAUCGCAACACCACCCUCAACGAAAAGCCAAUCCCAGCCCCAGUCACAAACGAUAACACUAGUCUCUGGAAUCCCCCCACAUAGAGUCUACACACAUCCCGAUGAACAGUUAUGGAUGUUAGAAAAUGGGAUCCGAGAGGAUGACCUACGGCCCGAGCGGAUGUUCGCGAUCCCCACUGCACACGGGCAAGCGUGGAGCUUAGCGGCCAUGGCUGCUGUUUUUGAUGAAUUGCCGGGUGUUGCUGGGAGCCUGGUUGAGUAUGGGCGUGGGGAGAAGAAGAGUGGGGAUGAAGGGGAUGAGAUGGGGAGGAAACUGGCGCGGUAUUAUGAGAAGCGAGAGGCUGUAAGAGCGAGUAAGGAAUGGGGGUCUGAACGGUUGUUGCUUGCUAUGGUUGAUCGGGGGAUGGGUGGCGAUGGCACUGUUGCUUAUUACGUUGUGCAGGAGGGUGAGGUUAAGCCAAGGCAGAAUUAG